AUGUCGGUUGCUGGACGACUUGCUGCCGUUGCCAUACUACAGACCACGACCCAGGAUGUAUUUAUCUUUGCAAACAGCUUAAUCGACAUACGGUCAACUCAGGUGGAUUGGGACAGCCUGAAGUGCCUGAAUGCUCUGGGUAUUCCCCAGAUCUCAACCAGGCCGUUCCAAUUUGUUCAGCAUAUGGGCGUGAUUGUUGUACCCUCCGGUGUUUGCUCGGACGAGACUCGAACGCUGAUUGACAAAUUGGCCGAAGGCACGAUCUACAACCAUAAAGGCACGUAUUCUGUGCUGGCAAUUUCAGGGCCUGGAAGGAAAAUACCAAAGCCCGAACUGAAGAUAGUUCGCGCCCUAGAGUUUAUCGGGAAGACAAGGAUGUGCCUAUCACAAGAGCUUCUUCGAGUGGACCGAUCCACAGAUGCACUACCAAGAUAUAGUGCGAUCUUCUGGAACUGUCACGAUUAUGCAGUCAAUCUCGCCAUUAUCAUCGUUGAGAAUUUCCCUCCACCGUCCGCUCUCAUGAAACUAUCCAGCAUGGUAGAAGAUUCUAAAUCUCCCUUCUGUCGGAAACUUGAAGAAUUUGUUGUGACUCUGAUGCUGAUCAUUCUCUGCGUCGGUGCAUUAUUCUGUGUAUUUGAUCUGCUUGGCUACACUUCAGCACGCAUCGUGAUUCUAUUUGCGCUUUUGUCGGCGACGUUUUGGGAUGCAUGCUAUAUUAUAUUCAGGUUUCAGCAGGUUGAAGCUUUACAGUUGCGAGAAGCUUGGAUACACAUUCUUGAGCAACGCUUCUCUAGACUAUUUGCCUUCCGUCGUGGGAGUUUUGUCAAACCGUCGACGAUUGGAGAACCCUUGUGGUUUCCACGAGGAUAG